AUGUUACAUGGACUAACAUACACAAGGACUCUUUCCCUGCUAACUAGCAUAGAUCUGUCUGGAAACAAUUCAAGUGGAGAACUUCCUGAAGCAAUAACAAAAUUAGUAGGUUUGGAGGCUUUGAACCUGCCAAGAAACCACAUCAGUGGCCAUAUUCCUAAGAGCAUUUCAGAAUUGCGUCAACUAUUAUCUCUUGAUCUCUCAGGCAAUAUGCUUUCAGAUGUCACUUUUAAUGCAUCCUCUUUUGCUGGGAACCCUAGUCUAUGCGGAGAUACUCUUGCGGUUAAGUGUCCAAAGGAUUCAAACAACGGAGGUGACAAUUAUCUAGAUGGUGGAGAGAAAGCUGAUCAGGCUAACAAUGGCAAGGGCUUCAUUGAUAAAUGGUUUUACAUGAGCGUUGGGGUGGGAUUUGCGGUAGGUUUGUUGCUUCCUUAUUUAGUUUUUGCAAUGAAAAGGUCUUGGGGUGGAGUAUACUUUGCAUUGGUGGAUGAAACUGCUUAUAGACUGUCAAGAGAACUAGUUUGUGGUGGAACUGCUCAAUUGGUGCAUUGCAAUACAGCUGACAGAGAAGUUCUUCUUGACUUUAAAAUGGGUCUUGAAGAUUCUGAGAACCGGCUUUCCUCAUGGCAUGGAAGCAAUUGCUGUCAUUGGUGGGGAAUAGCCUGUGACAAUGUCACUGGAGCUGUAAUUACCAUUAAUCUGCCCAACCUAAAUUUGGGUUGGCAGAUUAAACCUUCACUCACAAAACUCAAGUCCUUGACCUAUCUGGAUUUGAGUUCCAACACAUUCAAUGGCUCAAUUCCUGAUUUCUUCUCCUUUUUGGAGAACUUGCAAUAUCUAAACCUAUCACAUGCUGGGUUUAGUGGUGCAAUCCCUCCAAAUCUUGGAAACCUCUCUAGCUUGCAGUUUCUUGAUGUCUCUUCAUCUAGUUUAAAUGUUGAUAAUUUUGAAUGGCUGACUGCUCUAGUCUCACUAAAAUAUUUGUCUAUGAAUUUUGUAGACCUUUCAAAGGUUGGAAUAGGAUGGGUUGUGGCAUUAAACAAGCUUCCAUUUUUAGUCGAGUUGCAUUUAGCUGGUUGUCGCUUAUCCAAUUUCAUCUAUUCUCUUCCUUCUUUUAAUUUUUCUUCACUUGCAGUCCUAGAUCUUGGAUGUCACUUCGCUUAUAAAUGUAACAACUUUUAUUCUAAGUUACCAAAUUGGCUUCAAAAUGUUAGCAGCCUUGUAUCUGUCGACAUCAGCCAUAGCAACUUGCGUGGAAGGAUUCCACUAGGUUUUAGUGAACUGCCAAAUUUGAAGUCACUAGAUCUUCAUGGCAAUGAAAAUCUCUCAGCAAGUUGCUCCCAACUAUUUCAUGGAAGCUGGAAAAAGAUAGAAAUUCUAGAUUUUUCUAGCACCAAGUUACAUGGGAGACUUCCUACUUCCUUUGGAAAUAUGACAUCUCUCUUUUUUAUUGAUUUAUCAUGGAAUGGCAUCAAAGGUGAGAUUCCAAACUCUUUGGGCCAUCUCAAAAAUCUUACUCAUCUUUAUUUGGAUCAUAACUUGCUUCAAGGUCCUAUCCCUGCUUCCAUUGGAAAUUUAAAGCAUUUAGCUUAUCUUGGACUGAGCUUAAAUAAGCUAAAUGGUACACUCCCAGAAAGUUUGGGACUGCUCUCUGAGUUGUACUACCUUGAUGUUUCUGUCAAUGAAUUAACAGGUGUGAUCUCAGAAGCACAUUUUUUAAUGUUAAGUAAAUUGAAGUACUUGUUAUUGUCUACAAACUCACUCAUUUUCAAUAUCAGCUCCAAUUGGGUCCCUCCAUUCCAGAUUCUUCAACUGGAUAUUGGAUCAUGCCAUUUAGGUCCUUCCUUUCCUAUUUGGCUUAGAUCUCAAAAAGAGAUAUACGCUUUACAUCUCUCAAACUGUAGUAUAUCAGACCCUAUUCCGAACUGGUUUUGGGGCAUAUCCGGCUCUAUCCGUCUUUUAGAUGUUUCUUCAAAUCAUUUAGAGGGCCAUUUGCCAAAUCCGUUGAAUUUAAGUCCCAUUGCAGAAGUUGUUGAUUUGAGCAACAACCACUUUGAAGGAACCAUUCCUCUUCUAGAUGUCUCUGCACUAGAACUUUCUAAUAACCAAUUCUCUGGUCCUGUACCGAAAAAUAUUGGUCAAAAUAGAUUGAUAUUCCUUUCUCUUUCCGGUAACCAGCUGACUGGUGCAAUCCCAACCUCAAUUGGAAGCAAUCUUGAACUGUUGGAUCUUUCAAGAAAUAAUUUGACAGGAAGCAUUCCUUCAAGCAUAGGAAAUUGUGUUGAACUCGAAGUUCUAGACCUUCGAAACAACAAUUUGUCUGGAGGGAUUCCAAGAGCCAUGGGUGAGUUGCGUGGGCUUUCAACACUUCACUUGGGCAAGAACAGACUAUCAGGAGAAAUCCCAUCAUCUUUUCAGCAUUUUCCAUAUUUGGAAACUUUAGACUUUGCAAACAACAUGUUGACAGGAACUAUACCACCUUGGAUUGGAGAAGCUUUCCCAUCUCUAAGAAUACUUAGCUUGAGGUCAAAUAAAUUUUUUGGAGAAAUUCCCUUGGCAAUUUUGAAUUUGUGUUCUUUGCAAAUUUUGGACCUGGCAGAAAACCAGUUGAAUGGUUCCAUUCCUGCUACCUUUGGAGGUUUGAAAGCCAUGAACCAUCUGCAAAAUGUUAGCAAUUCUUUGUUUUAUGACAGUUACAAGGAGUACACUUACCAACAAUACAUAUAUGUGAUCAAAAAUGGACUUGAACUGCAGUACACCAAGACACUUGCCCUUCUAACCAGCAUAGAUAUUUCGGGAAAUAAUCUGUAUGGAGAGAUUCCUAAAGAAAUAACAAAGUUAGUUGGUUUGGAAGUUUUGAACCUGUCUAGAAACCAUAUCAGUGGCCAAAUUCCAGAAAACAUUUCAGAAUUGCGUCAACUGCUAUCUCUUGAUCUCGCAAGCAAUAGGCUUUCUGGUCCAAUUCCCCAGAGCAUGUCUUCAUUGACAUUUUUGGGAAGUUUGAAUGUGUCAAACAAUAACUUGUCAGGUAGAAUUCCAUUUCAAGGUCAGAUGACAACUUUUAGCUCAUCAUCUUUUGCUGGAAAUUCGGGUCUCUGUGGAGAUCCCCUUGCUUUGAAGUGUUCAGAUGAUGAUUCAAUCAAUGGGAGGAGCAAUGAUGGUUCACAUGGUGAAGGGAAAGAUGAGGCAGAUGAAGGUAAUGUCUUUAUUGAUAAAUGGUUUUACUUGACCGUUGGAUUGGGAUUUGCUGUGGGGUUGCUGCUUCCUUAUUUGAUAUUUUCAAUCAAAAGAUCUUGGGGCGGUGUCUACUUUGCUUUUGUGGAAAUGAUUGUUUUCAGAUUGUCGAGUUCAAAAAACUAA